AUGAAGGAGUCAACCCACGAAUCAUUAGCCCAAGAAAUAGCAACCAUGAGAGAGCAAUUAAGUAAAGUCAGCCAAGCAAUUGAUAUCUAUGAAACAGUCGCCACUCGAAAUCUGAUCAGAGAGGAUAUUAAAUCCAAGGGAGAAACCAGCGAAAAGCAUGUUAAGCUUUUCAUGGAAACGGAUAGGUUGAUGAAGGCAGUGAGGGGACCUGUUGAUAUGGUAUUUUCCAAUUUCGAGAACUCAGUACAUUCAGGAACGUUAAGAGCUGUUUUGGAAAUGGGUAUAUUUGAUGCUUUACCGACGGAUGGUUCAUCGGCCAGUGCUACUUUAUUGGCGGAGAAAUUAGGGGUAGAGAAAGAAUUGCUUGUUCGAUUCAUGCGAGUCCUAACCGUCAUCGGUCCAUUCGCCGAGGUGGGAGUAGAGGAAUAUACACAUACACAAUAUUCAAUGGUAUAUCUUGCUCCGGAGCUCAAGGGAGUUUUUAAGUUAAUGUACGAUGAAUAUAAUCUCGCCAAUGCUCGGAUGUAUGCGUUCUUCCGCAAUAAUGGCUUUAAGAGUCCAGAAGAUCACUUCUUGAAUCCGUAUUGCUUCGCUCAUCAGACUGGCGAGAAAGAUAUGUGGGAGCAUAUCGGAGCGUUCCCAGAGCGAUUCCAGAACCUAAAUCUAGCCAUGAUUGCUCAAACCGUAGCCACAAAUUGGACUGUUGGAAUUUUUCCAUUCAAAGAUGAGCUCAAGGGAGUCAAAUCAGACGACGAGACCGUGCUGGUCGUAGAUAUAGGUGGUGGUAGUGGACAUGUGACGAAGCAGAUAAUGGGAUUCAUCGAGGAUAUUCCUGGAAAAGUGAUACUCCAGGAACGAGAAGAGUUGAUUGAUGCGAUUGGUCAUAUAAUACCAGAAGUCACUAUGAUGAAGUAUGACUUCUUCACGCCUCAACCUAUCCAAGGAGCUCCAAUAUACUACAUUCGUCGAUGUCUACACGACUGGCCCGAUAAUGAUUGUGUACGCAUUCUCAAGGUGAUUGCAGCAGCAAUGACGUCGGGAGUCUCGAAAUUGGUAAUCUCCGAAAUCGUUCUUCCACCAGUUGCUGCAGAUGUCGAAGCUGGUUGGAUGGACGUGACAAUGAUGGCUAUCAGCGGCCGUGAAAGAACGGAAAUGCAGUGGGUGAAUUUGCUGACUCUUUCGGGCUUGAAACUUCAAAAGAUUCAUCAUGGUCCUGGUACAAAUUAUGCCGCAGUCGAGGCAGUCCUGGCGUAA